CAUCCAUGCCAGUCAAUUUCCAUCCUCAUAAAUGGCAGAGGAAUCAUUGUUAUUAAAUUUUGUAGCUGAUGAACCUAGCUCAUCGGUCAAUCGUGUAAAUUCCGGUGGGCGGUGGAAGGAUCGGAUGAAAGAGAAAAAAAAUCAAAAACGAAAGGCCGCUUCCUCUACGUCUGCAAAAGACCAUUCUCCUGCUGCAACGAAUUCGCGUAAAGUACAAAGUAGGGAAAAUGUACCAGCAUCGAACGAGUCAAAACGGAGAAAGACGGCUGCAAGUCCUGUCUCCAAGCAACAUUCCGUUGCGAAACCUGUAAAGCAUGAUAAUACUUUCGUUUCCUCUUUAUUUACGGGUGACUCGAAAGAACAUCUAUCAUCGACUACGAAUGCUCAUGAUACAGAGGACGAAAAUCAAAGCAUGUUUGAUACGCAAAAUCAAGAUGCACCAUCUAAUGCACCACUGUCCACUACGACUUUUGCGGGUGUCCAAUUAGAUUCCCAGUUGGCUAGUCAUCUUGAAGAGAAGAUGAAUAUCACCGCUCCUACCAACAUCCAAAAUUCUUGCUUACCUGCCUUGUUAAAUGGGGAAGACAAGGAUGCUUUUAUUGAAGCCGAGACUGGUUCUGGUAAAACAUUAGCAUACUUACUUCCUAUUAUACAAAGACUAGUUCGGCUUCCACCCACAAAGCGUUCAAGAACGAGCGGUUUGUUUGCUGUGAUUGUUGCUCCAACGCGGGAGCUGUGUCAACAGAUUUAUAACGUUGCAAAUAAUCUGACGAACAAUCGGCUAGCUCACUGGAUAGUUUCUUGUAACGUGAUCGGUGGUGAAAAGAAAAAAAGUGAAAAGUCUAGAAUUCGCAAAGGAGUAAAUAUUCUUAUUGGUACUCCAGGAAGACUAGCCGAUCAUAUAGAAAAUACGGAAGUACUAGACCUUAGUCAAGUGCGGUGGGUUGUAUUAGAUGAGGGCGAUCGGUUGAUGGAUAUGGGAUUUGAAGAGACAAUCACGAAAAUUUUGAGCUAUUUGGACUCUCAAAACUCGCUGUAUCCACUAGGGGAUAGUAUGCCUUCUCGGAAAGUGAAUGUCCUAUGCUCUGCUACUAUAAAGGAUACCGUUAAGCGAUUAAGCCAGUCUGCAUUAAAGGACGCAAUGUACCUUAGGUCUUCCUCUUCCUCUGCUGACGAAAAUGAAGACCAGAAAAUCCGAAAGUCUUCUGCUCCUGCGCAAUUACUUCAGCGGUAUUGCGUGAUUCCUCCAAAGCUGCGACUGGUAAGCUUGGCUGCUGUUUUACGAUCGAACCUAAUAAAUAAUCAAAAGAUUAUUGUGUUUUUAUCCUGUGCAGACAGUGUAAACUUUCAUUUUGAAGCUUUUCGGCGUAAAAAAGCGGAAAUAGAAGUAGAGCAGGAGGAAAGGGAAGACGAGUCGAAGAAAACUACAAGCUCUACUGGAAAUGAAGAAGCGGUGGAUACUGCCUAUCGUCUAAAUGAGAAAGCCAAAGUCUACAGACUUCAUGGAUCUCUUUCACAGCAGACUCGUACGAAAACAUUGUCGCAAUUUUGUUCCGAAAAAGACAGUUCUCCUCGUAUAUUACUGUGUACGGACGUUGCAUCUCGUGGUUUGGAUUUACCUAAUAUUGAUUUAGUUGUCCAAUACGACGCUCCGUUUAGUACAGAUGAUUAUCUACACAGAAUUGGCCGAACAGCUAGAGCCGGUCAUAAUGGUGCUGCUAUCAUGUUUUUGUUACCCAAAGAGGUUGAGUACAUUGAUCUGUUAAGAGCUAACAUAAAAGUGAAUAUCACUGAGCAGCCGAAUGGGCCAUCGUCCAUCCUAAAUAGUGGCUUUUCUGUUAGAGGAGGACCUCCUGCUAAAAGUGAGUUAGAAUGGCAGGAUCGGGCGACGGAAUGGCAACUUGAGCUUGAACGAAUGAUUCUUGACAGUCCUGAAUUAAAGGAAGUUGCAAAAAAGGCUUUUUCGUCUUAUGUUCGUGCUUAUGCUACACAUUUAUCGUCGGAAAGAUCGAUUUUUAACAUGCGUGAUCUUCACCUAGGUCAUAUUGCCAAGUCUUUCGCUUUACGCGAAGCUCCUGGUAAAAUGUCCAACAACAACAACAAACAGAAAGGAACUGUUGCUGGCGCACGUCUGAAAAAGAAAAAGGAUAACUCGCCAGCGGCAAUUGCUGCAAAGAUGCAGCAGAAAGCAAUGGAGCAUUAUUCCAUUGAACACAACAUUGGUUAAUUUGAUAAAAGUUUUGGUAAUAGGGAAUAUUUUUGGAGAAAAGGUUUCAUAUCUAAAGGGUUAUUUAUGGUUUCAAUUAUAGAUACGGUUGGUUUUUACGAAUACUCAUCUACUGU